AGAAGUCAUGAAGAGCUUCAAAACCACACUUAUUUUUCUAAUUGUUGAGUUAUCCUUCGUGCUUCCAACUCCCAACAGUGCCGUCAUAACUUGUUACCAUUUAGUUGGCAAUUCUUGGGAAAAAGCACAAGUGGUCGAAAACGCUUCAACACACCAAAUCAAAGAAAUUUGUAAUGAAAGUGACGAACAGAAGCAAUGUGUCGAAGUCAAAGGAUCAGUGAAAAUUCUGUACGAAGACUCCUUCAAGGGUAUACCCAAAUUAUCUGAAAUCGAAGUAUAUUCCGAAACGAACUUAGAAGAAAUUGAGCCUGGAACCUUCACAGAUCUGCCAAAGUUAGACAUCUUAGAUCUGAGUGGUAACAAUUUGCAGGAAAUUAAAAGUGGGACUUUUGUAAAUCUGAAAGUUCAGCAUUUGAUCCUGCAGAGGAAUUCGAUUUCACUUCUUCGGGAAGGAGCGUUCGUGAAUUUAUCAGACGUUCAAAAAUUAAGUCUUGAAAGGAAUAAUUUACAAGAACUAAAGCGAGGAGUUUUUCAAGAAUUGUAUGUGGUACAGCUCGAAUUUGGGUCCAAUAAUAUUUCUAAAAUUGAGGUUGGAACGUUUGCUAGUGUGUUUCCACGAGAUGAAGGUGGAAUAAUUUUAAAUCUAUCGAACAACAGUUUUACAGAAAUUGAUGCCUCUGUUUUUGAUUACAAGUAUUCCGUUUACGCUUUAAUGUUGGCGAAGAAUUCCAUUUCUAUCCUUCGCCCAGGUGACUUGCGUAAUUUGCCUAACUUAAAAUAUGUACUACUGUCAGAAAACAAAUUAAAGGAAGUUCCAGAGGGAGUUUUCAACGGUUCGAAAAUCGUAUCCAUUGAACUGGACAACAACGAAAUUUCUUUUAUAGGAAGUAAAGCUUUCGACGACAUGAAAGAUUUAACAUUUGUUAAUAUUAGUAACAACAAACUGAAAGAAUGGAACAAUGAUUGGUUUUGUGGAGAAGGAGCAAAAGUAAUUAGAUUGUCCUACAAUUAUCUGGAGACAAUUCCAGUAGAAGCUUUCACAAAUAUUCCAGGAGGUUCUAUGUUAAAACUAGACCAUAACCGUAUCCAGAGUAUUUCGGACAGUGCUUUCAAAAAUGUGACAUAUCUGGACAGUAUUGAUUUGAGUUACAACGAAAUCCAAGAAUGGAAUGUUGACCUUAUGAGAAAUGUGAAAACUGAUGGAGCCGUUGAUCUCAAUGGUAACAAAAUUAAGUGUCCUGAAUCUGGUUCAAAUUCUCUUGCUCCAAAAGCACGCAUAGUUUAUUUGAGCUAUAGUUGUCCCCAAGUUAUUGAGAAAGCAUUAUAUUUCUCAGAUGAAGUGUAACCUGUUUUUUGUUGUAAUGUAAUCUACCAAGGUGUUACAGAAAAUUGUUGUUUAGGUUUUACGACGAUAACCCAAAGUCGGGUGUCAUAAGU